UUCACUGGCUUAAACUGUGUCAACAGCAACAACUGCGCCAAUCCCACGAAGUUUAUCUGAUAUACAUCACACCAUUUAAAUAGGCGCAAUUCGUAGGAAACUAACAUUGAUUGUUUUUCAAAAAGUUUUCCUGAACUUUAUUUCUUUGAUAAAUCUUCGUUUGAAGCGGAAUAUUAACCAGCAUUUACCAGAACAAGGAAGCUCAUCUAUCCCAGCCAUACAUCCACAUAUUGGAGUACAGCAAAACUUUAAAGCUCCCACUGACACCGCUUGUCACCUCCAGUUCUGCAUCGCCUUCUCCCGAGCCAAAGGGACACCGUGGAUCGGAGUGAGGAUACAUGGCGGCGUUAGCGGGGGCCGUGCCCCGCAUGAUGCGCCCCUCGCUGGCCCAGAGCUAUCCGCGAAGCGGCUUCCCGUUGGAAGUUUCCACGCCGUUAGGUCAAGGCAGAGUAAACCAGCUCGGUGGAGUCUUCAUUAACGGCCGACCUCUGCCGAAUCACAUCCGUCACAAGAUCGUGGAGAUGGCACACCACGGCAUCCGGCCCUGCGUCAUCUCCCGCCAGCUGCGCGUCUCUCACGGCUGCGUCUCUAAAAUCCUGUGCAGGUACCAGGAGACUGGUUCCAUCCGGCCUGGUGCGAUCGGAGGGAGCAAGCCAAAGCAGGUGACCACGCCGGAUGUGGAGAAGAAAAUAGAGGAGUACAAGAGAGACAACCCCGGAAUGUUCAGCUGGGAAAUACGCGAUAAACUAUUAAAAGAUGGAAUCUGCGACAGAAACAACGUUCCUUCCGUGAGUUCAAUCAGUCGCAUAAUGCGGAGUAAAUUCGGAGGCAAAGGUGAAGACGACGACGACGAGGACGAAAUAGAGAAGAAAGAGUUGGAGGAGAACGAACAGAGGGCCAAACACAGCAUUGGCGGGAUUCUCGGAGACAGAUCGAGCCAAUCGGACGAGGGCUCGGAGGUGGAGUCGGAGCCAGAUCUGCCCCUGAAGAGGAAGCAGAGGCGGAGUCGCACCACCUUCACAGCAGAGCAGCUGGAGGAGCUGGAGCGAGCGUUUGAGCGCACGCACUACCCCGACAUCUACACCCGCGAGGAGCUGGCCCUGCGUGCCAGACUCACUGAGGCACGCGUGCAGGUGUGGUUCAGUAACAGAAGAGCCAGAUGGAGGAAACAAGCAGGAGCCAAUCAGCUAAUGGCAUUUAAUCACCUGAUUCCAGGUGGUUUCCCACCCUCAGCUAUUUCUUCCCUGCCAGCCUAUCAGCUCUCAGACAGCCCUUACCCACCUACGUCCAUCGCACAAGCAGUUGUGUCAGAGCAGCCAGGCACAGUCCACCGUCCCCAGCCCCUCCCCCCCACCUCCAUGUCUCAGAGCAGCCUGGGGUCUGCAGGGGCGGGGCUGGACACAGGCUCCGCCUACUGCCUGCCCUCCAGCCGCCAUGGAUUCUCAGGGUACUCUGAGGGGUUUGUGUCCCCAAGUGCACCGCCUAAUACCAUGAACCCUAGCAUCAGCAAUGGCCUGUCCCCACAGGUAAUGGGUCUGUUAAACCCUGGAGGGGUGCCCCACCAGCCCCAGAGUGACUACGCCCUGUCGCCCCUGACAGGGGGGCUCGAGCCCAGCAGUGGGAUGGCAGGCAGCUGCUCACAGUCCUACUGCCCCACCAGCUACAGCUCGGCUGGGUACAGCAUGGACCUUGCCCCCCCCUAUCAGUACGGCCAGUAUGGGCAAAGUAAGGUGCCUUUCAUUAUCUGAAGCCUGAAAUCGCAUGAACUGAAGAGACCCCCAAACACUCCCCAUUACCCCUCCUGAAGAGUCCCCCAAACACUCCCCAUUACCCCUCCUGAAGAGACCCCCAAACACUCCCCAUGACCCCUCCUGAAGAGUCCCCCAAACACUCCCUAUUACCCCUCCUGAAGAAUCCCCCAAACUCUCCCCAUUACCCCUCCUGAAGAGUCCCCCAAACUCUCCCCAUUACCCCUCCUGAAGAGUCCCCCAAACUCUCCCCAUUACCCCUCCUGAAGAGUCCCCCAAACUCUCCCUAUUACCCCUCCUGAAGAGUCCCCCAAACUCUCCCCAUUACCCCUCCUGAAGAGUCCCCCAAACACUCCCCAUUACCCCUCCUGAAGAGUCCCCCAAACUCUCCCUAUUACCCCUCCUGAAGAGACCCCCAAACUCUCCCUAUUACCCCUCCUGAAGAGUCCCCCAAACUCUCCUCAUUACCCUCCUGAAGAGUCCCCCAAACUCUCCCCAUUGUCCCUCCUGAAGAGUCCCCCACUGGGGGUUUGGGUGGGUGUGGCCAGGAGCACAGGGGCACAGGAAGUGCUGAUUUCUGUAAUCAGGACCAAAAGGGUCACCUCUCCAGUUACCUGCGAUGUGACUCAUUCACCUCACAUCACACACAGAUAUGAAGGAUGGACAGACCAAAUGCCAGAAAGAAAGAAAGAAAGAGAAGGCUAAAUGUCAGUCUGUAUGUUUUACUUUUAGGGGCAAUGAUUGCAGGGAGAAGUAAAGGAUGGAGGAGGUUUAUGUGUGCAGGGGUGGGGGUGGGGGGUCUGCCCAAUGGAAUUAUGGGACAGCCAAAUCAAACCUUACAGGAACAGCUGCCCAGCCCAGACCUAGUCUCCCCGCUGUCAGUGCUUAUCAGUACCCCCCCUUUAGAAGCCUCUCUGGCCUGGCCUGGGCUUGGAGGCCAGAGGGUUGGGAUAGGAAGAGUUUAAAUGACGAGAGGCUGCUCUGCUCAAACAGAGCCUUGCUGCGGAGGGCACAUGCAGGCCACCGACAGCCAAGCAAACAAACACCCACAUUCCCAAAAACACCUGCACAACUAAAAAAAUACCCACAUUCCCUAAAAACACCCACACACCUAAAAAACACCCACAUUCCCUAAAAACACCCACACACCUAAAACAAUACCCACAUUCCCUGAAAACACCCCCACACCUAAAAAACACCCACAUUCCCUAAAAACACCCACACACCUAAAAAACACCCACAUUCCCUAAAAACACCCACACACCUAAAACAAU